AUGGCGACAGAUCCAUCCAAGUACAAGCUCAACCACUCCAUGAUCCGGAUCAAGGAUCCGAAGCGCUCUGUCCAAUUCUAUGAGUUCCUUGGAAUGAAGCAGAUCAACCAGAUCAAGAACCCCGACGCCAAGUUCGACCUUUACUUCCUCGCAUACGAUAGCCCGAAGGCCGUUUCGCACGGCAACCACUGGACCGACCGCGAGGGAAUUGUCGAGUUGACGCACAACUACGGCACCGAAGACGAUCCGAAUUACAAGAUCAGCAAUGGCAACACGGAACCACACAAGGGCUUCGGCCACCUCUGCAUCUCGGUGGACAACCUACAGGCAGCUUGCCAGAGGCUAGAGGAUGCGGGUUACAAGUUCCAGAAGAAGCUCACAGACGGUCGCAUGCGCCACAUCGCGUUUGUGCUCGACCCUGAUGGCUACUGGGUGGAGGUCAUUGGCCAGAAGCCACUGGAGGAGACCGAGAACGUCAAGGACACCGAUACAGGCUCGUACCGCAUGAACCACACCAUGAUCCGUGUCAAGGACAAGGAGGCCUCACUUAACUUCUACCAAGACGUCAUGGGCAUGAAACUUAAGCGCACGUCUGAGAAUGAAAGUGCUGGCUUCAACCUAUAUUUCCUCGGAUACGGUCCCGAUGCAUCCGAAAACACCGCAAACGGCGUCAACCCGGUAGCAAACACCGAAGGCCUGCUUGAGCUGACCUAUAACUACGGAACCGAGAAAGACGCAAACUUCAAGUACCACAACGGCAACGAUGAGCCCCAAGGAUUCGGCCACAUCUGCAUUGCUGUCGACGACCUCGACGCCGCGUGUGCUCGGUUCGAAGAGAAGAAGGUCAACUGGAAGAAGAGGCUUACUGACGGACGCAUGAAGAACAUUGCUUUCGUACUAGAUCCCGAUGGUUACUGGAUCGAGGUAGUGCAGAACGAGAAGCUCAAGACACGUAGCAAUUGGUACUUCGCCAAAUUGACCCUGCAGCAGCGGCGCUCACCCCGUGGGGUAGAAGGAGUGCGGGGUAAACCUAGCCAACAGUGCCCGAAAGAACAACUCAAACCGAUACCCGUCAACAUGGCUAUUCUCAUGCACACAGCGAGACGGAAGAUCUUGAUACCAGAAAAGGUCUCACCAGAUGGACUGGCAUUACUGAAAGACCAAUUCGAUGUAGAUGAGAAGAAAGGACUGAGUCCAGAAGAGCUUGAGGAAAUCAUCGGCGAAUAUGACGCCCUCAUCGUACGGUCGGAGACGAAGGUGACGGCAGAGCUUAUGAGUCGCGCUAGAAACAUGAAAGUCGUUGCACGUGCUGGAGUCGGUGUUGACAAUGUUGACGUUCAAUUCGCGACUACACAAGGUAUCAUUGUGGUGAACUCACCUUCUGGAAACAUCAAUGCUGCUGCGGAACACACCAUUGCGCUGAUGAUGGCUGUGGCUCGCAAUAUCGGAGAUGCAUCUCAAAGUAUCAAAGCUGGGAAAUGGGAGCGAAGUCGACUGGUGGGUGUGGAGGCAAAAGGCAAGACUCUGGCCAUUGUCGGCCUGGGAAAAGUCGGUCUCACAGUGGCUCGUAUUGCCAAUGGUCUGGGCAUGCGUCUGAUAGCCUACGACCCCUAUGCAAACCCGAACCUGGCUGCAGCAGCGUCAGUAGCCCUCCGCCCAAGUCUAGCUGAGAUCCUGAAAGAGGCCGACUUCCUGACUCUACAUACUCCGUUGAUAGCCUCGACUAAAGGCAUGAUCGGCAAGGCCGAACUAGAGACGAUGAAGCCAACAGCCCGCAUCCUCAACGUAGCACGCGGCGGCAUGAUCGACGAAGACGCUCUCAUCGAAGCUCUAGACGCUGGUGUCAUUGCUGGAGCAGGUAUCGACGUAUUCACCUCCGAACCUCCCGAGCAAAACUCAUCAGCAUCCCGCCUAAUCGCGCACCCAAAAGUCGUAGCAACGCCCCACCUCGGCGCCUCGACCAAAGAAGCCCAAGAAAACGUGUCCAUCGACGUCUGCGAACAAGUCGUCUCAAUCCUCAGCGGCGAACUCCCCCGCUCAGCCGUCAACGCACCCAUCGUCCUCCCCGACGAAUACCGCACCCUCCAACCCUUCAUCAGCCUCGUCGAGAAGAUGGGCAGCCUGUACACCCAACACUACUCCUCCGCGAAAACCGGUUCUUUUCGUACAACCUUCGAUCUCAUCUACGAAGGCAAGCUCGCCACGAUCAACACCACGAAACCGCUCUUCGCGGCGUUGGUUAAGGGACUGCUCACGCCCAUUACCUCGAGCGACGGCCUAAACAUUAAUAUUGUGAAUGCUGAACUGUUGGCUAAAGACCGCGGCAUCCUCAUAAACGAACAGCGCUCCCGCGAAAACGUAGAAGACAAACCCUACUCCUCCUUCAUCACCCUGCGCGCCCGCGCUUCACGCUCUGUAUCGCAACAACCACAUUCCCGGAACGCAUCUCCCUCCGCUGCCCGCGCCCUCCAACCUACCAAUCUCCCUUCUUCCUCCUCCUCUUCUUCUUCCUCCUCCUCCGACCAAAUAAUCCAAGGCUUCGUCUCCGGCAACAAACCCUUCAUCUCGCGCCUCGACAAAUUCAAAGGCGAAUUCGUGCCCCGUGGCACGCUGCUCAUCUGUCGCAACUUUGAUUCGGUGGGUAAGAUUGGGUAUGUGGGGAAUUUGUUGGGGAAGGCGGGGGUGAAUAUUGAGUUUAUGAAUGUGGCGCCGUUGGAUGGGGAGGUGGAGGAACGGUUGGCUGAGGGGAAUGGCAACGGAGGGAAUGGAGGGGAUGGAAAUGGGAAUGGGGUGGAGGGAGGAAGGGAGGGGAGUAAUGAGGCGUUGAUGAUUUUGGGGGUCGAUAAGAUGGUUGGGGAGGAUGUGCUCAAGGCGUUGAUUGGGGAGGAGGGGGUGCUGGAGGCUAGUGUUGUGAAUUUUUGA